AUGUCAUCAUACGCGGGUUCAUCUUCAUGGAAAUCCUUUUUGAAAUCAGUUGCAACAUUUAGAGGUGACAUUUCAACGUUAACUGCACCACCAUUCAUCUUAUCACCAGUAUCAUUAUCUGAAUUUUCACAAUACUGGGGUGAAUAUCCAGAAUUAUUUUUAGAACCAGGUUUUAUCAAUGAUGAAAAUUACAAAUCACAUUCAUGUGGAGAUAAAGACAUUGAAUCAGCUGAAGUGGCUCGUAUGUUAGCAGUCACCAAAUGGUUCAUCUUUGCAUUAAAAUCUCAGUAUACUUCACGUAAUGAAUCGAUGGGAUCUGAAAAGAAACCAUUGAAUCCAUUCCUAGGUGAAUUAUUCGUCGGGAAAUGGAAAAUGGAUGAAAAACCUGAACUAGGUGAAACUGUUUUACUUAGUGAGCAAGUAUCUCAUCAUCCACCAAAGACAGCAUUCACUGUAUUCAAUGAUAAAAAUAACGUUAAAUUAGAAGGUUAUAGUCAAAUUAAAGCUACCUUUAGUAAGACUUUAACACUGGGUGUCAGACAAUAUGGGCAUUCUAUCUUUUCUAUUAGAGAUAAUGAGUCUUAUUUGAUCACACCACCUCCAUUACAUGUGGAAGGUAUAUUGAUGGCAUCUCCGUUUGCAGAAUUGGAAGGUAAAUCUUUCAUUCAAGCAUCUACUGGUAUGCUUGCUGUACUAGAAUUUUCUGGUAGAGGUUACUUCUCUGGUAAGAAAAACUCUUUUAAGGCAAGAAUAUAUAGAUCUUCUAAAGAUUAUCAUAAUAAUAAAGAACCAAUGUACACGAUAUCUGGACAAUGGUCUGGUGUGUCUAAGAUGAUCAAACAUGGCGCCCAAGAACCUAGUGAAUCUUUAUUCCACGAUGCUACUAAAAUAAAGCCUACAUACCUUCAUGUGAAGCCGAUCGAGGAACAACAUCCAUUAGAAAGUAGAAAAGCAUGGAAAGAUGUGGCAAAGGCGAUUACAAUUGGUGACUACAAAUUGAUUGGUGAAACCAAAUCAGUCCUCGAGGAACGUCAAAGAAAUAUGAGGAAGGAGGAAGAGGCUAAAGGUAUAGAUUGGGAAAGAAGAUGGUUUAAAGACGUAGACUACUCUAAAGAUAGUAAAAAUGGUAAGAUGAAACCUGAAGAAGGCGACAAAUUCUUGGAAUUGGCAGCUCUUCUGCAGUUAUCAACGAAGAACGUCCCAAGUGGUACAUUGAAGGCAACUAAAGAAGAUAUACCAACGGCCGAUGCGAUCCAUUGGAGAUUCCAAAGGAAUUUGUGGGAUGAAGAAAAAGAAGUUGUGUUAUAG